CCCAUUACCAGACCCUCUCCUUCCCUCAUAUUUGCUCUCUUCGCACUCUCUCUCCCUAUUAAGAGCGCCUCUCUCUCUCUCUCUCUCUCUCUCUCUCUCGUUACUCCCUCUCUAGAUUCAAAGCAGCUCUUAAGAGCUUGUUCGUUUGCAGAAACUGCUAUGUUUUAGAAUUCUUUUGAGCACACUGCCUACGGAUUUAAUUUUUAUGCCUGUUCUUUUGGCAUGUCAUGUGUAUCAUUUGCUGAAAAGAAAACACAGAUAGCACCAAUUCUAUUUUCCUGGAAGGAGAGUUUUGUGUGUAUGCAUUUACAUAUGAGAUGGGCUCUCGAGGAAGACCGUUAUUUGAUCUCAAUGAACUCCCUGUGGAGGAUAAUGAAGAGACUGAGAAUGCAAUUUCCUUCCAGCCACAGAAGGCACACCCGUCAGUUAAUGCUCAUCCUUCUGAGUUGUUUGCAACAUCAGCAGGUGCCCAAGGGAUAGUAAAUAACCAUGCCUUUUCACAUGCAUCGUUAGUGUCAGGAUUUCAGCCCUUUGUUAGGGCCAAAAUGCCUCAUUCACCUGAAGUGGGUGUUCAACAGAAGAGGGAAGGUGAUCUUCCCAAGCUUGUAUCAUCAUUGCCCUUAAAGUUGAGUGUUUAUGAGGAAAUAAAAGCGGCAUCUUCAUCUGUUCCUCUUUCUACGGAUGCUCAAACUGUUGAAAGAGAAGAAGGGGAAUGGUCUGAUGCUGAGGUUUUGGCAGAUGUGCAUGCAGAAGUUAGUAUUCCUGAAAGAGGUAAAGUUUUACAGGAGCAGGGGAUGCAUGAAGUGGUGGAUCCCAGUGCUUCUGGUGUUGCUGUUGAGAGGAUUAAGGUUACGGAAAACAGCAACCAUAUUCCCUUGGGAGUGGACAAAAAUGAAAACUCAAACUUUCAGAAUAGCAGCAGUGUGCAAAGUUCGGAAUGCGGUGCUAAAGGUGAUGUUCCCAUGGAUGUUCAGGAGGAAACUCAAUUGGUACCUAAGCAAAGAGAAACAAAAGGUGUUGAAGCAAGCCAUGCCCUGAAAUUUGCAAAUAAUAUAGGGAAAAGGAAAAUGGAUCAGCAGAAAGAAGCAAUGCUGGGAAAAAAACGCAAUAGGCAGACUGUCUUUCUUAAUUUGGAAGAUGUCAAGCAAGCUGGCCAAAUCAAAACAUCGGCGCCUAGAAGACAGAACAUUCCACCCCCCAUCAUACGUACUGUUAAAGAAGCUCGUACUGUCCCUUCAUCUUCUGAACGUGUUGGAGAAAAGCAGGGUCAAUCCUUAAAUAAAGAUCAGAAACAAGUUGAUGUGCACAGUAGUGAAGUAUUUACUACCAUGGAAUCCCGUGAACCUAAAUCUGAUUGUAAUGGUGAUAUGCAGUCUGGAAUACUAACUAGGCCUAGGAGACUCAAUGGUGAUAUGGAUGGUUCCACGGAGGUACCUGGACCAUUUGUUCCGAGACAGAAUUCAUGGAAGCAGCCUACAGAUUCUAGGCAGCUUAAGAGUUCACAGUUUUCUAAUCGGAAGCCCUCCCUCAUUAGUCAAGGUUCCAUGGAUUCAAAGUUGGGAAACAAGAAACUUGUUCCUAACAAGAAGCCAUCUAAUGCCAGUAACCAAUAUCAGGACACAUCAGUUGAGCGUCUUAUAAGGGAGGUGACUAAUGAAAAGUUUUGGCAUCACCCAGAGGAGACAGAGCUCCAAUGUGUCCCUGGUCGGUUUGAUUCUGUCGAGGAGUAUGUCCGAGUAUUUGAGCCUUUGCUUUUUGAAGAAUGCCGAGCACAACUUUACAGCACCUGGGAGGAGUUGACAGAAGCAAAUGCACACGUGAGGGUUCGGAUAAAGUUCAUUGAAAAGCGAGAAAGAGGAUGGUAUGAUGUCAUAGUUCUUCCAGGCAAUGAGUGCAAGUGGAAUUUUAAGGAGGGUGAUGUUGCAGUUCUUUCUAGUCCUGUCUCGGAACCAGAUGAGGAACCUGAGGUUACUGGACGUGUUGCUGGCACUGUGAGAAGACAUAUACCUGUUGAUACACGUGAUCCUCCUGGCGCAAUCCUCCAUUUUUAUGUUGGUGACGCUUAUGAUUCUAGUAGUAAGAUUGAUGAUGAUCACAUCCUGAGGAAACUUCAUCCUAAAAGCAUUUGGCAUCUAACUGUGCUGGGUUCUCUUGCAACAACACAGCGGGAGUAUGUUGCCUUGCAUGCAUUUUCUCGUCUCAAUUCACAGAUGCAAACUGCAAUCCUUAAGCCCAGUCCAGAACACUUUCCAAAAUAUGAGCAGCAGACCCCUGCUAUGCCCGAAUGUUUCACGCAAAGUUUCAUUGAUCAUUUGCACAGAACAUUUAAUGGUCCUCAGCUUGCUGCAAUCCAAUGGGCUGCUAUGCAUACUGCUGCUGGUACAAGUAGUGGAACAAUGAAGAAGCAAGAUCCUUGGCCUUUCACUCUUGUACAGGGUCCUCCGGGGACAGGUAAGACACAUACUGUCUGGGGUAUGCUAAAUGUUAUCCAUUUGGUCCAAUACCAGCACUACUAUACUUCUUUGCUAAAGAAACUAGCACCUGAGAGCUAUAAGCAAGUUAGUGAGAGCAACUCAGAUAAUGUUGUCAUGGGGUCAAUUGAUGAAGUCCUUCAGAACAUGGACCAGAAUCUUUUCCGUACUCUUCCAAAACUUUGCCCCAAACCUAGAAUGCUGGUGUGUGCUCCAUCUAAUGCUGCAACUGAUGAGCUUCUUGCACGUGUUCUUGAUCGUGGUUUUAUUGACGGUGAGAUGAAGGUUUAUCGGCCUGAUGUUGCAAGAGUUGGGGUCGAUUCACAGACACGUGCUGCUCAGGCAGUUUCUGUGGAGAGAAGAACAGAGCAGCUUUUAGCAAGGCCUCGUGAAGAAAUUUUAGGACAUAUGCACAAUUUGAGAGCACGUGAGGCUGUGUUGUCUCAGCAGAUUGCUGGGCUUCAAAGAGAACUUAGUGUUGCAGCUGCUGCAAUACGGUCCCAAGGAUCAGUCGGUGUUGACCCUGAUGUCCUCAUUGCUAGGGACCAGAAUCGAGACGCAUUACUGCAGAACCUUGCUGCUGUGGUUGAAACUAGGGACAAAGUUCUAGUUGAGAUGUCUCGCCUUCUAAUUGUAGAAGGCAAGUUCCGAACUGGUAAUAAUUUUAAUUUGGAUGAAGCACGUGGAAAUCUUGAGGCAAGCUUUGCAAAUGAGGCGGAGAUUGUUUUUACCACUGUUUCAAGCAGUGGUCGCAAAUUGUUCUCUCGUCUUACUCAUGGUUUUGAUAUGGUAGUCAUUGAUGAGGCUGCUCAAGCUAGUGAAGUAGGAGUUCUACCUCCCCUCUCUCUUGGAGCAGCAAGAUGUGUACUUGUUGGGGAUCCUCAGCAGCUUCCUGCAACAGUUAUUAGCAAGGCAGCUGGGACAUUGUUAUAUAGCAGAAGCCUUUUUGAAAGGUUUCAGCAAGCUGGAUGUCCCACCAUGUUACUCUCUGUGCAAUAUAGGAUGCAUCCUCAAAUCCGAGAUUUUCCUUCACGAUACUUCUACCAAGGACGCCUUACUGACAGUGAAAGUGUUGUUAACUUACCUGAUGAGGUGUACUACAAGGAUGCUUUGCUUAGACCUUACACUUUCUUUGACAUUAGUCAUGGCCGGGAAUCCCACAGAGGCGGUUCUGUCUCUUAUGAGAAUGUAGAUGAAGCACGCUUUUGUGUUGGCUUGUACAUGCAUCUUCAGAAAACUUUGAAAUCCAUGGGCGCAGGGAAGGUUUCUGUUGGUAUAAUUACCCCGUACAAACUGCAGUUGAAAUGCCUUAAGCAUGAGUUUGGAAACUUAUUAAGUCAAGAUGAACUGAAGGAUCUUUAUAUUAAUACCGUAGAUGCAUUCCAAGGUCAGGAGCGCGAUGUCAUUAUCAUGUCUUGUGUGCGUGCUUCAAACCAUGGGGUUGGCUUUGUUGCAGAUAUCCGCCGAAUGAAUGUUGCUCUUACCCGUGCUAGAAGGGCUCUCUGGGUUAUGGGGAAUGCAAACUCUUUGAUUCGCUCUGAUGACUGGGCAGCAUUAAUUGCUGAUGCCAAAGCCAGGAACUGCUUUAUGAACAUGGAUUCCCUUCCCAAAGAGUUUUCAAUACCAAAGGUAUCUUCUCAUGCUUCAGGUAAAGGUCCUUCCAAUAUGAGAGGCUAUAGAUCAGGUGGACCUAGAAACAGAUCAUUUGAUUUGCAUAUGGAGUCCAGGUCGGGGACGCCAUCUGAAGAUGAUGAGAAAUCGGGUAUGACAAUAAUUUCUAGGAAUGGGAGUUAUCGGCCCUUUAAACCACCAAUGGAUAAUUCCUUGGAUGACUUUAGUCAGUCAGCAGAUAAAUCUAGAGAUGCCUGGCAGUAUGGCAUACAGAAGAGACAAAGUUCUGCCAGGAUUUUGGGAAAGAGAGACUCUUAGCCUUCAGUUUUUUCGUGGUUAUUGGUGAAGCUUCACAGUACGGUUAGUUUCUUCAGCCUAUGUUCUUGGUGCCAAAAGUUUUGGCCUUGCCAUUGGCUCCUGACAGUUGCAGGCCCAAGUGCACAAAUAUAAACAAGUGUAUCCUACCCUUCUCUCCACAUAUUCAUAUGAUGAAAUUACAGAGGGGGAAAAGAACAGGAGUUUUGGAUGAGAAGGCCAUCAGAUUGUGGUUCGAGCUUGGUGCUUUUCCUGAAGAUCAAGAUCAACAUGAAGGACUUAUUGAGUUGAUUUGUUGAUUUGUUGCACGGAGGUUAGAAGCUUUUGGGUUGGUUGUGGGAAACCAAACCUCCGUCCCACCAGUCUCCAGGCAUUGAAGCAACCAAAUUUUGGCAUCCAGAAGCUUUCUGCCUGUUAAGAUGUGAGGCAUGACUCUUGCGAUUGAAACUUGUUCGAAGUUGCCAUGUUCUGUGACUUCAAUUGAUCAAGGAUAGUCGGGGAUAGCUUAAUUCAGAUGCUUGCCCUUCGACCUGUUCUCUCUUCCAAUUUUGAGCUUAUUCAUCUGUCAUGUUCUGGGGAGAGUGACGGUGCACAUAUAUGGUGGUCAUAUGGAAGAAUAUUAUGUACAGUAUUUGAACGUGCAAAAGCACUAGGAUGACUUGAAAGAAGGGUCUGCAGGGCUUGGAUGGAUUACUGGUUUCUGUAGCUUCAGUUUUUUGUUUUUCCUUUCUUUUUGGAGUAGAAUGAGUUGGCCGUGACAAGCGGGUGGCUCAAAAUUUCUGUAUAGAAAAGAAGGAAAUUACAGGAUUUGUACAAGAAAAUUCUGAUACCAUAAGGUAUUGGUCGUGGUAAGUCACUUGUAUGUACAUCAUCUCCUAUGGAAUCAUAGAAAUUUUUCUGCGUUCCUUAAGGUUAAUGAGAAUGAGUUUUUUCUUCAA